AGACAGAGAGAGAGAGAGUGACAGAGACCACAGAACAGAGAAAAUUAUUUUUGAUAUAUAUAGCAAUAUCUCUGUGUGUGUGUUAAGGAAGGAAAGGUAGGUGUGUGCCGCUGCUCUUAUGCUAGCUUUGGUGGCGUGACUCAAACACAAGGAAGGUCAAUCAAGUAAAUGAUCUAGUUUAUUUCUCUUCUGGGUUUGGUGUAAAAUCCUCAGAUUUUCGUUGCUUGGUUCUCUUUUGGAUUCUUCUUCUUCUUCCUCCUCUUAUUUGGGAUAGAUAUAUAGCUUUUCUGGGUUUUUUGUGCUUAAUUAUUUGGUAUAACUUUCCCAGACUUUUCUUUCCUUUCACUCUUCUUUUUUCCAUUUUUAGCUUGUUUGAGGGAAAUUUUGAUUUUUGGAUCCAUCAAUCAUUCAUACCCACCUAUAGCAAAAAAAUCAUUCAUAACCCACCAAAAUUACCAAAUAUAUGUUAUAUGAUUUGCCAAGUCCUUGAGGGCUUCUUCGUUUUCUUUCCCUUUUUGUCAAGAGCCAAUAAGACUCACUUAAUUCCCUUUUUGACUUUCCUCUCUCUCUCUCCCACUUACUUUUUUAACUGUUGUUAUCUCUCAUUUAUGGUCUUAUGUGUUUCUUAAUUGAACACAAAUUCUACUAUAUGUAGAUUGCUUGAGAACCCAUUUGAAUUUGAAGUUAAUCUGGUCGUCAUCUUCUACCUGAUCUCUCUCCCAAGCUCUCUACUCAGAAUCCUCUCAACAACUUGCUGGGUUCAUUUUGCCAAAUUGGAAAGAAAAAUGGUGCGAGGCAAAACCCAGAUGAGGCGGAUAGAGAACGCCACGAGCCGUCAAGUCACCUUCUCGAAGCGCCGAAGCGGUCUUCUGAAGAAGGCUUUCGAGCUCUCCAUUCUCUGCGACGCUGAGGUUGCGCUCAUCAUCUUCUCUCCGAGAGGAAAGCUCUACGAAUUCGCAAGCUCCAGCAUGCAGACAACUAUAGAACGUUAUGAGAAGCAUACAAAAGACAACCAAGCCAACAACAAAUCUGUUGCCAGUGAACAAAAUGUGCAGCAGCUCAAGCAUGAAGCAACUAGCAUGAUGAAGCAGAUAGAGCAUCUUGAAGUUUCGAAACGGAAACUAUUGGGAGAGAGUCUAGGACUAUGCAGCAUUGACGAACUGCAAGAAAUAGAGCAACAGUUGGAGAGGAGUGUGAACAGCAUUCGAGCAAGGAAGGCACAGGUUUACAAGGAACAGAUUGAGCAAUUGAGAGAAAAGGAAAGAGUCCUCACAGCUGAAAAUCAGAGGCUAAAUGAGAAGUGUGAGACUAUGCAACCGAGGCAACCAGUAAGUGAGCAGAGAGAAAACUUAGCCUGCCCUGAAAGUAGUCCAAGUUCAGAUGUUGAGACUGAAUUGUUCAUUGGACUGCCAGAAAGAAGAUCGAAGCACUAGCUUCCCCCUUGUCAGAGAACUGAUUGUGUUAAUAAUCUAUCCAAGCCAUGGCUGAUCAGCAGAAACAUAAAAUGCUUUAAUUGAUAAUUAGUUGCCUAUUGUUUUGCGUAUGUUCUGUAUUACAUUCUUGCUCCACUGAUUUAUGGAGCUUUGCAAGGAAUUAAUAAGACUAUAUAUGGAAUAUAGUCUUCUUAAAUUAACUGUGAUUAAAUAUGAUUUGUAAUUUUGUAUGACUAGAAAAACCAUUACGUGCGCGACUAUUUCAAUAUGUAUAUCUCAAGUUCUGUUGAAAUUAAGAACAUAUACGCUUGGAAUUA